AUGGAGGCACUAAUACCUGUGUUAAACAAACUGCAAGAUGUGUUUGGUGCUGUAGGAGUUCAAUCUGUUCAGUUGCCGCAGAUAGUUGUUGUUGGGACUCAGAGUUCUGGCAAGAGUUCGGUAUUAGAAGGGUUUGUAGGGCGUUCCUUCUUGCCCAGAGGAGUUGGCAUGGUUACACGUCGCCCACUUUUGCUGCGGCUUGUACAUAGCCCUAAAGGAGACAUGCGUCACAGAUCUCUUGGACAAGGGACUCUUCAGUUGGAAGCGUUUGGCAUAUUCCGUCACAAAAACAACGAAGUUUUUAAGGAUUUCGGCGAAAUUCGUAAAGAAAUUGACAGGGAAACGGAUAAAGUUGCUGGAACCGGCAAGGGAAUCAGUGCAGAACCUAUUGUACUGAAAAUAUUUUCGCCAAACGUGGUGGAUCUGACGCUUGUGGAUCUUCCCGGCCUCACCAAAGUGCCUUUAGACGACCAGCCCGUGGACAUCGAGCACCAGAUACGUGAGUUGGUUUUAAGCUACAUCAGUAAUCCUAAUUCAAUUAUACUAGCUGUGGUCACUGCUAACACUGACAUGGCCACCAACGAGAGCCUUAAACUGGCCAAGGAGUGUGACCCCGACGGGCGAAGAACAUUGGCUGUGGUGACGAAGCUGGAUCUAAUGGACGCUGGCACAGAUGCGACGGACAUAUUGUGCGGACGGGUGAUCCCUGUCAAACUAGGAAUCAUUGGCGUCGUUAACAGGUCACAGAAGGAUAUCAUCGACAAGAAAACAGUGUCUGAUUCUCUGAAAGAUGAAGCGAAGUUCCUGCAGAGAAAUUACCCAGCUUUGGCGGACAGGAAUGGGACGCCUUACUUAGCCAGAACACUGAGCAAAAUGUUGAUGCUGCACAUACGGGACUGUUUACCUGACCUCAAGGCAAGAGUGAACUCUAUGAUAUCGCAGUUCCAGUCAGUGCUCGCGUCCUAUGGCGACGACAUCUCGGACAAAAGUCAGACUUUGCUUCAGGUUAUCACUAAAUUCGCCUCGUCGUACUGCGCCACUAUUGAAGGACCUGCGAAGCAUAUGAAAACAGACGAACUAACUAGCGGAGCUCGCAUCUGCUUUAUAUUCCACGAAACCUUUGUAAAAACUCUGGACACCAUCCAUCCUCUGGGAGGCCUGAACAAACUCAACUUGUUGACAGCUAUACGUAAUGCUAGUGGACUGCGACCGGCGCUGUUUGUUCCACAGGUGUCUUUCGAGAUACUCGUGAAGCGACAGAUCCGUCGCCUGCUGGAGCCUGCCCUUUGCUGUGUGGAGCUAGUGCACGAGGAAAUGCGACGGGCUAUCAGUCACUGCGGCUUCGAAGUGCAGCAGGAACUUGCGAGGUUUCCCAACCUCCAUAAAAAAAUCGUAGAAAUCGUAACCCAGCUGCUCAGACGAAGACUGCCGAUUACGAAUCAGAUGGUUGAGAACUUGUUAGCGAUGGAGCUAGCUUACGUUAACACCACUCAUCCGAACCUCAGCAAGGACUGGCCAGCAGCCACCGACGUGGACAGCCCAACAGCUUCUGAAGAAGAAAAAACUGCAUCCAAAUUUUCCGUACUGAAUUACUCUGAUACAAUUUUUCCUUGCGCGCUAGCCGAGUCUGAGGGCAACAGGCGCACUAGUGAAGUGACUGCUUGGUUGUCAAACUUGUUUCCGACUGGAGCCUGUUCCAUUAAGGAGAAUCAAAACACUGAUGAGGAUCGAAAUGAAAUCCACUCGUCUGCCUCACCAAAACGUAUUCACGAACGCAAAUCGAGACUUUUACGGCAGAGGUCCGUUAAUCUGUUGCCGGAUGCUCCGCUACAGGCAGACGGAAAGCUCUCUGAAAAAGAGAGGAAAGACUGUGAUCUUCUAGAACGCCUUAUAAUCGAGUACUUCUGUAUAGUACGCAAAACUAUUCAGGACAGCGUGCCGAAGGCAGUGAUGCAUUUCCUCGUGAAUUACGUCAAGGACAGCCUCCUGUCUGAGCUGGUGGCGAAUUUAUACACAUCCAAUCAAGUGGAUGAUUUGCUCAGCGAGCCAGGACACAUUGCUCAGCGAAGGAAAGACGCACAGGAUAUGCUCGAAUCUCUACAGAAUGCCAGCAACAUUAUUAACGAAAUACGUGAAUCCGAUGUAUGUUAA